CUUUGAACUUAGUGACAGUUGGCGCCGAACUAUUUUGAAAUAACAUCAAUUUUGCAAACGAUUUGUGAGGUGACGCUUUCGCAAAAAAAGAUGGCAUCGGCAAAUUUGAAUCCCCAACGUGAAGUACGAUCGUUUCUAAUGGCCAGGGAUCCAAGUAUUGACAGAAGAUUCCGGCCACGACCACAAAAACGUGAACGACUUUUUGCCGAAAUUGAAGAAGAUGAUUAUUCAAGUGAUAGCUCCGUCAGUGACACGGAUAUUGAUAGCGACAUCAGAUCAUCGGGAAUCACCGAUGCCAAUUCCAGUGAUGGCUCUCACAUUGAAAGCGGUGCUCUUGUAUACCUUCGUCUGAGACCGGUUAGUCCAUGUCCCUCACCUGCCUACAAGAUAUCUGAAGAUGGCAAUGUGUUGAUAACAGGUCCGCCAUUAGAGUGUGCCAGCACAAGUAACAACAAAAAUUCCAUGGAAAAACAUUACAGCUUUUCGGGCAUAUUUAAUGCAGCAGUGAGUCAGAGUGAGGUAUAUGAAAAAUGCAUUGGACAAAAGAUAGAAAUGGAAGAAAGCCUAUCGGUCAUGACAUAUGGUACAUCGGGUUCGGGAAAGACCUUUACAUUGCUUGGCGAUGCCAAUCGCCCGGGUGUUAUACCUCGUUCCUUGGAGCAUAUAUUUACACAGUAUCAGACAAAUAUUUAUCCCAAUCCCGUCUUAAAAUUGGUCAACGGACGCAUUACUGUGCUAGAUGACUCGGCAGCGGCAAAAGAAAAUAGCAUGCGUUGCAAAAUUAUGUCCAGUUGUCCCGAAUUGGAAGGUGAUUAUGCCAACUUGCAGCAGCGUAUUGCGGCAGACCAUAAUUUUCCACAGCUUCAGUUGGACGAUGGCGUCUCUGUUCUCAUCUGGGUGUCAUUUGUUGAAAUAUACAAUGAAUUGGUGUAUGAUCUGUUGGCUCCAAUGCCAACUGGUGGCAAUAACAAAAUGCAAAAGGUUCCUGCCCGAAAAAAUCUUAAAAUUGUUUGUAACGAUGGAAAUGUCUUUAUAAAGGGAUUAACCUCUGUCUUUGUUAAAACCAGUGCCGAGGCACUUAGACUGCUACGUUGGGGUUUGCAAAAACUCACAUAUGCCUCGACAUCCAUUAAUGCCAAUUCCAGUAGAUCACAUUGUAUAUUCUUUGUUGAUGUACUGAAGUAUUAUCGCUCCGGUGUCAUUACGGAAACUUCAUUUAAAUUUUGCGAUUUGGCGGGAUCUGAAAGACUGGACAAAACCGGAAACAUGGGCUCGAGAUUGAAGGAAGCCCAGCGCAUCAACACUUCCCUAAUGGUGUUGGGCAGAUGUUUAGAUGCCGCCAACAGUGUAUCAGCCGGUGGCAAGGAUCGCAUACCCUUUAGAGAGUCUAAGCUGACAAUGCUACUGCAGGCUGCUCUGCUGGGCAAAGAAAAAAUGGCCAUGAUUGUCAAUGUAACACCCACCGACAAGUACUAUGAGGAAAAUUUAAAUGUUUUAAGUUUUGCCGCCAUCGCUAAAAAUAUUCUAUUUAAAGCGCCAGUGACAAAACAGAAUAAGUCACGAUACUCGGUGUUCGAAGGAAAAGAGCUGGACAACAACGAAUAUGUUCAACAGCUAUUGGAAGAAAAUGCCUUUUUGCGCAAUGACAACGAAGAUCUGUUGGAUGAAAAUGCCCGGCUACGCGAUGAAAUUGAACGUCUCACCAACGAACGAACCGAUGAGCUCCAAAAGCAGGAACAAGAGCUGCGUAUACAAUUAGUCGAUUCGUUUCAAAUCACUUUGGAAGAGAAUAAAAAGAAUUUCGAGCGACGACUACAAACUGAACUGGAAAGUCAGAAGCGUAUUUUCGAGUCAAAAAUGGAGUUUCUCAAGCGCAAAUACGAAGAUGAGUUGGAAGAUUUACGCGAAGAAGUGGAGGAACUGGAAAAAGAGAACAAGGAAAAUAUUGAAAAACUCGAACUGAAAGAAACGCAUGCAAAGAUCGAAGGCAAUGAAAAUAUGCAAAAUCAAAUGCUUUCGAAAAAACGACGAACAAUAGAAUAAUUAUUUUUUAAAGACUUUUUAAUAUACGUUUUUUUUAAUAUUUGUAUGUUUAUUUUUGUACUGUAGAAUAUUUGUGUUAAUAAAUUAUAACCAUUUUAAUAAAAGAUAACAUUUUUUCGAAAAA